CCGGACACAACCCAUUGACUGACCACCUCCGCUCCUACCCCGCCGCGCACCCGCCAUAAUGUCUGUCUCAUCGAGAGCGGCCACCUCGCUGGUGCGCCAUGCUGCUCGCCAGCAGCUCCCGGCACUGCGCUCCUCGACAGCCGUCAUGCAAACCCAGCAGCAGCGCAGUAUGGCCGAUGCCUCAACCUCCCACGCCGUAUACAAAUCACCCUUCCACCGCGGUACAAGUAGUCAGCAAGAUACAACCGUCAUCCCGUCCUUCAAGAACUACCGAUCCAGCUCCGGCGAGCAGGGCAACAAGAUGUUUCAGUAUUUCAUGGUUGGUGCUUUCGGUGGCAUCAGUGCUCUCGGCGCGAAGAACACCGUGCAAGACUUCCUCGUAAACAUGUCCGCAUCCGCAGACGUCCUCGCGCAAGCCAAGGUUGAGGUCGACCUCGCUACCAUCCCUGAAGGAAAGAACGUUAUCAUCAAGUGGCGCGGUAAGCCCGUCUUCAUCCGCCACCGAACCGCCGACGAGAUCAAGCAAGCCGAGGACUUUGACUGGAAGACCCUCCGCGAUCCACAACCCGAUAGCGACCGCGUCAAGAAGCCCGAAUGGCUGAUCAUGUUGGGUGUCUGCACACAUUUGGGAUGUGUGCCUAUCGGUGAAGCAGGUGACUAUGGUGGUUGGUUCUGCCCAUGCCACGGUUCUCACUACGAUAUCUCCGGACGUAUAAGAAAGGGUCCCGCACCAUUGAACUUGGAGGUGCCAGCAUACGAUUUCCCAGAAGACAAUGCUCUUGUCAUUGGUUAGAGAAAGAACGGUGGGAUAGAUGGGGAGCUUGUGAUACAGAAGUGGAGCUGCAAGACGGGAAUAAGAGAAGCCGGGACAGGAAAAUCUCCUGGCUCUGUACAGUUAAGAUACAUGAUUUUUCUAGCGUCUCCGAAACCAGUUCUGUAACAAUG